AUGAACUGUUGGUGGAUGAGUCUCUCAACUGAGCCUUGCAGAAAGAAGUACGGCCAAAACAAGGAAGGAAGGGAGGGUGAAACUGACAGGAACAGAGGCACAGUGGGUCGGAUGCUCCCUGGCUCUCCGCACGUGCCGUGGCAGGCAGUGGGAUCUGAAGCUGGUCAGUGCAAGGAAAGGUCCACUAAGUCGCCGAACUCCGUCAAGGACACAUCCGAAUGA